UCACACCGAAAUAAGUCAAUAAGUAGUCUUUAAAAUUCCAAAUGAACUAAAAUCUAUGAAGAUGAAUAUUUUGGAAUAGAAGGGUGUAUAUAUAAGCUUUGAGUGUGUAUUUAAUGUAACGGUAUUAUAGAUUUCAUUAAUCUUGUUUACAAGCCAUGUGUGCAGAGACAUAGAUUUUGUUUUGAUAGAGAAACGAGAAAAAGAUAUGGUGGUGCAUCCCACAUGUUUGAUUAUAUGACAGACCCACACCCCCACAUUUCAGUGAGGUGGAAGGGGGUGGUUCUGGAAUUCCUAAUCAGGAAUCAGAGGGAAGUGGCUCUUCAAAGUGAGUGAUUUAACAUUUUACUGGGCAGAACGGAAAGCAAUUAGAGUGGAAGUUCUGAUUACUUGUGAAUUUUCUUGAUGUGGUAUUCGUUUCCCUUGCAGUGUUGCCAGGAAUGUGAUGCUUCGGUUUUCAUCUGAAGAAUUCGGGGCCACGUUGGAACCAUUAAUUCGAAGAACGGUGCAAGAUGAGGUGCAGCGAGCAUUUCAAAACUUCUCAUCUACGUCACCAAGGUUUUUUUAUAGAUCUCCUUCUGAUGCACUUGAACCGCGUAAUCCAACAUCCUUGCAGCUUUGUUUUCAGACUAGGCUGCAUCCUACAUUUUUCACUGGCAGCAGGAUAGAAUCUGAGGACAACAGUGCUAUCAAACUAGUUUUAUAUGAUGCUAACUUUAACAAGAUUGUAUCAUCUGGACCCUUCUCUUCACUGAAGGUAGUGAUCGUUCCUCUCGAUGGUGAUUUCUCUGCUGAUGAUCAUGAAGAUUGGUCCCAGGCUGAUUUUGAUGCCAAAGUUAUUAAUGCAAGAGACGGCAAAAGGCCAUUACUGACAGGGGAUCUGGUACUGACUCUGAAAGAAGGUGUUGCGGAACUAGGGGAUGUAGUUUUUACUGAUAAUUCAAGCUGGAGGAGGAGUAGGAAGUUUAGGUUAGGGGCAAAAGCCCAAAAUGCAUCCGCCGGAGUGAGAAUUAGAGAAGCAAGAAGCGAAGCGUUCAUAGUAAAAGAUCAGCGAGGAGAGUCAUACAAGAAACACCAUCCUCCAUACUUGGGUGAUGAUAUAUGGCGUUUGGAAAAGAUAGCAAAAGAUGGGGUUUGGCAUAGGCGAUUGGCAUCACAUCGAAUAUAUACCGUCAAAGACUUUCUACAAGUGUAUAAUACUAAGGAGUCCUCACUAUGCACGCUACUUGGUGGGCCCGAUAACAACAUAUGGAAGGCGAUCAUCAAGCACGCCAAAACUUAUGUUUUAGAUGACAAGCUGUACAUGUACAGCAGUGUUGCAGAUGGGGUCGGGAUUUUGUUCGAUUCCACUUUGAAGGUUGUGGGUGCAACCUUUGAUGGUGAAAAUCAUCUCUCGAUGAAUGAAGUUGCUGAAUUUCAGAUGCCUGUGGUGGAAGCUUUAAAGGAACAAAUGAAGAAGGAUCUGGAUGGGAUGGUACCAAUGGAUGAUCUCUCAGUGAUUGCAACCCCAGUGCUUCAUGGUGACCUUAGAACUGCUAGUUUAUGUAUUCCACACCAAGAUGAACUGCAAUUGCAGAUGACUUCAGACCCAUGUAGCAAUGGAUUGAAUGAUAACAAUCGGAAUGAGAUAUCAACAUGGCAAGCAAGCAAUCAAACUCUGUUUUUGACAUCCAUUUCUCAAGAAACACGUUCAAGAUUCAAUGUGGCUCUCGAUGUGGAAAGAUGUAGUUGCCAAAAGAACACCACGCUUGAUCCAUAUUUUGAUUUCUUGUCUUAAAACGCAAAACUUAAGUUUAAGCAUAAAGGAGUAAGAAAAGAAUCUCCUACGCAUAUAAUUUGUGGCUGGCGUUAUCUUAACAGCCGCCCUUUCACGUGCGGUUUUUUGUAAUACGGUUAAUUUUGAUGUUUAAAUUGUUAUCAAUACGAUAACAUUUUGGCUCUUUUGUGUGUGUGUGUGUUUUUUUUGAAGUAUAUGCACUUUGGUUCAUUUUUCAUUUAUCAAUGAACUAAAUGAUGAAAAAAAUGACCCAUCGAGUAUGCUCACCAUGCCACAAGUGUCGGUUGUUUUUGUGUCACAAAUGACUUCAAAAUAUGAUAUAGUUGUUGUUCUAACCAACUCUAGAGAACCUAAAAGAGACCUUAUAAGAAAAAAAGAAAAGAAAACCCACGGUUUGCAAAAUGAACAAAUAAAAACAUUCAGCCAAUUUGGCAUGAAUGGUUCAACAUUUAGCAUUUAGACAAUGCCUCAAAUUUUCAGAUGAGUUUCCAGCAUUCAAUCUUUGCAACUUCAAAAAACAAACCACCAUUUGCAUCUUAGAUUAAAAAUGAAAAGAAAAAUAAAACUCCUCUUAUAGAGUUUAUUCGAGAGACCCUUUUGCAUAAGCUCCGUAAACUUAAGGGUCGUUUACUACACGCUUACCCGGUAAACUUAGGUGCUUACCAGGGAAUUUUCCUCACUGGACGA